AUACUGUGGUUUUCACGUAAAAUCCUUCAGACCCAGUUCCUGGCGAUGAGAGCAAAGUGCUUGGGUACAUACCAUAACCUCUACAGAAUCGAUGUGCUUACGAGGAAUGGUUUCUGGCCAGCUUGUCGAUUUCCUUUACAACCGAACCUUCAAGAGAAGCAAUCUAUACCCUCAGCUGCGAAAGGAACAUUAUACCUUCGAGACCCGGCUAGGACGUAUCGGUGGGCUUGGCGUUACUAGUUCACCCCAGCUGGAUGCAAAAACCUUCGACUCUUCCGUCACUUGGAACAUCUACACGUUUUAGAGAUAGCCACUAACCAGUUAGCGGAGUUGGUAUUAGAGCGGAGACCGCAUGC